GCUGCUCAGAGAGUACGGGGAAGCCAAGAACCUCUGCACAGCGGACUCGAAGAUGAAGACCUUCGACGGCGACUGGGAUCGUGGUCAAGUGGUUUUUCGCCGCAACGGGAGCGAGAGGCCGAUCAGGAUCCUGCAGCGCUCGCGCGCCACGGAUCUGAUGGAGAUCUGCACCGAGCCGCUUGCCAAGUCGCUGCUGGACCAGGAGCUUGCAGAGUUCAAACUCCCUGAGCGGCUCGGGGAGAUCAAUGACCCUCCCAGGCGGCAAGAGCUCUUCGACGAUAUGCGCGCAGAAAUUGAUGCCCGUGUUAUCGUUUUCCAAGAGUGGUGCGUGGCUGGUGGAGCGGAGCAGCUCUUCGAUGGCUAUGUCGUUCACGUGUCGCCUCCAGCGGGGGCCUGGCAAAGAUGCGCGAUCGCGGUCCGCGAGUCUUUGGUCCCUUCCACCGUGAGCCCGCCGAGCUUCCACACUCGCACCAUGUCCCUGGACUUGCAGUUGCCUGUCUGGGGGCGCGUUCGUUUGAUUACACGCCACCAGCUUUCGCGCAUUGUUCCCUGUGAGCGCGCUGAGACCAUCGCGCAGCUCAGGGAGUGUCUGAUUACGAUGCCUAUUGAUUGCCACGCCAUGGCCAGCGUUGGCGCCCAGUAUGGCCUGGGGAUUGGGGACGGAGAGACGGUGGGCCAAUACUCGGCCACCAAGAUGACAUGGCGGGGCGAAAUGCUAUUCGAUUUGAUGACUGAAUUCGACUUGGUUGCCACCCACACUUUCCCCCGAGGACAGUGGGGACAAGCCGCGUGCUACUGCGACAACCGUAAGGGCCCAGGCCAGAUCGACUUCAUGCUGUGCCACCGCGACUGGCUCACGUCAGUGACGUGCCAGGCUAUCCCGACGAUCUCCGAGCCCGAACAAGCCCUCGAGGACGCAAAUCUGAUGGGGCGGCCGCCGCGCAAGCCUGUCGCUUGGCAGCUGGAGGACGCCGACCUAUUCAAUGAGACGGUCUGCUCGACGUUGCAGGUGCCGUACUUCCCGACCGCGAUGGACCUCACCGAGGGCGACCUCGGGCAUCUUCACGGGCGGCUCGGAUGGGGCUUUGCCGUCUACCGCGCCACCACGCCGCGCGACCAGGGUGAGCCGAUGGUCGAGGCGUGCGGCCUCGUGGCCACCCACCCUCAGGACCCUCGCUACUUGGGUGGCAGGCUCAUCCAGGUGAUUGCCGACUCGACGUGCGUCCAGGGACUCCUCACUGAAGUCUUCCAGCCGCGUGAGAAUGCACACUUGGCGAUUCUGGCCGUGCACCUGUGGAAGAGGGCUGCCGUGAACUUCGACUUGCACAUGCGCUUGAUCAAGGGACACAGCGGCAACAUAGGCAAUGAGAAGGCGGACUUCUGGGCGAAACGGGGGGCGGACAGGCGUUUCAACACUGCUCAUUGGAGACGGCCAUGCCCUGCUCACGACUGGGGAGCGGAAGAGCAUCGACAACGAGUGAGCGAACGCAAGCUCGCCGAGACCAGAGCCCGCAAAAGACGUUGCUCGGAUAUUUCCAGGGAGGAUGGCGGCGACACCUUCGCGCAGCUCUUCUACCCGCAGCCGCGGCUUGCCGCCGCGUGCUCCAGACAGGGCACCCCGUCCGUCUCCGCGCUGGCGACGGCGAUCUCCGCUGGCGCGGCUGUGGCGGGCCGCGCCCCUCGAGGUGGGCGCUGGGGGCCUCCGCAGGGCGACCCCGAGCUUCUCCACUUGAAGCCCCUGGAGCAGCUGCGCGCACAGGAGACGGACUUGCGCGUGCGGCACCUGCUGGGGCCCGCAGUGGCCAAGGCCAAGCGCGCCCUGAGGGGCCGCUGCAACACUGUCCACCCUGGGCGCUCGUGCGCGAGGGGGCGGGCCGACAGACCCCGCCGCUCGGGCAAGCCCGUCUGCGAGCUGAAGACGGACGACGGCCAGUGCGCCAGCGCCGUGCAGGCCCGCUGCGAGCUGACCCGCGCCUUCUACGCCGACUUGUUUGCCGACCCGACCAGCGACCAGGCUCUGCCCGCCUGGGUGCGUAGCCAGUGGGCCGCCGAGCACCGACAGGCGGAGGUCCCUCUCCCACUUCCUGUUCUCAAAACAGUCACCGGGCAAUUGGAGAGUAGCAAAUCGCGCGCCGAGUCUGACAUGAUCGUGGCUGAGAUGGCCCAGGAGCUCCAGGACGAUGCUCUCGAAAAGAUCCUCGCGGCGUUUCGCCUGAAACUCUGCAAUCCUGUGAGUGAGUAUUUCGACCAGGCCUGGACGGAGCACGUCGUUCAGCUGAUCCGCGAGAAACCUGAGGCCCAGAAGGUGGCCGAGUUCAGGCCCAUUGCCCUGGUUUCGGUGCUGCUGAAAAUCCUGUCGAUGAUGGGCCUGGAGGUCCAGCGGCCUAUCCUGGAGACCGAUCGUUCUGAGUGCCAGUUUGCGUUCCGUCGUAGCUAUCAG